AUGGGCUGCUCCGUCACGGAGUGGCACGACAUCGGCGGGGCGGAGGAGAUCGAUGAGGAGUACACCAACAAGGAGGCCAGGGCUCGUGAGCAGAGGAUGGCGCUUUGGAGGCUCGACAAUGACAUGAUCGUCGAGACGCUUGGCGGCAUCGGCCACAAGCAAGAUAAUGAAGAGAAGAAGGAGAAGGAUGAUAAGCAUGGGGUGAUGGCAGCAAUGCCAGGCCAUGGCAAGAAGAAGAAGAAGAAGGAGAAGAAGGGGAAGCUUUUGGUGCUGCCAUCAGUGCCAGCCUUCUUGGAGGAGAAUGAGGAGAAUAAGGAAACGCCCAUGGUGCUGCCCGCGGUGCCAGCUUUUCCGAAGUUGGAGGAGGAGAAGCAAGAGGACACGUUGAAGGUGCUGAUCACAGUGCCAGAUGACGUCCAGGAGAUGAUGGCGCAGGGCAUUUUCGACAAGGACAAGGUCGUGGCGACCCUUGUGCCAGCGGUCCUGAAGAUGGGGGAGGAGCAGGAGGGCAAUUUCAGGGUUCUCGAGGAUGAGGGCCUGACGGUCCCCAAGGAGGAGCUCCAGGGGUGGGUCGAGGAGGCAGGGGCCACGAUCCAGUUCUUCAACAGUGUCAAGAAGCACUUCGGGAGCGGCUCCGAGGAGUCGAGCUUCGAGGUGGGAACCUCGGAGUGCGGGCCUUCGUACUCUGGGGUCCUUUAG